UCAAGUUAAUCUCAUAGAUCAUAGUAAUGCCAAAUGACAAAAGCUUCUUUUAUUAUUUUUUUUUUUUUUUUUUGAGAUCGGAAUGAUGACAGAUGCUAAGAGAUUAUUGCAAAUAAAAAUAGCUUAUCAGUUCUUAUCACUAAAUCUGGAUUAAUUAGAUUCUUACUAUGUUACCUUAAUAUCCUCCCAUGAACCUGGUACUAAAUUACUCAUUGUUUAGUCAUAUCCCUGUACUUGGCCUAACUUGGGCUUUUAAUACAAACCCAUCUCAAUCUUUUCUUCUUAUUUCUAUGCUUGUAUUGGUGAGAAAUAACCAAGAAAUCCCUCAUUUUUCAUUCAUUUUUUAUCCUAAGAGCAAAACAAUUCUGGAGAAAUGGCAAGUGUUGAUAUAGAUGUGAUUAAGCAAGGGGAAGUUGAGAAGAAAGUGCAAAUUAAUGGUGGAAGUGUUUGCUGUCAUGGAAAAGGUCCAGGUUAUGCUACUCCAUUGGAAGCCAUGGCUGGAACUAAAGAGUCUCUCCUUUACGUCACUUGUGUUUAUACUGGAACUGGGAGAGAAAAACCUGACUACUUAGCCACAGUUGAUGUUGAUCCAAACUCUCCCACGUAUUCGAGAGUUAUCCAUCGAUUGCCAGUCCCUUACUUGGGGGAUGAGUUGCAUCAUUCUGGUUGGAAUUCCUGCAGCUCUUGCCAUGGAGACCCGGCUGCUGAUAGGCGUUUCCUCGUGCUCCCUUCUUUGAUAUCAGGAAGAAUUUAUAUCGUGGACACAAAAAAGAACGCAAAGGCACCCUCACUGCACAAAAUCGUUGAGCCUGAAGAACUUAUUUCAAAGACGGGAUUAGGUUACCCUCACACAGCUCAUUGCCUUGCCUCGGGUGACAUUCUAAUCUCGUGCCUUGGAGACAGCGAAGGGAAAGCCGAGGGAAAUGGGUUUCUCCUGCUUGACUCAGAAUUUAAUGUGAAAGGAAGGUGGGAAAAGCCAGGACAUAGUCCAUCCUUUGGCUACGAUUUCUGGUAUCAACCACGCCAUAAGACAAUGAUAAGCUCAUCAUGGGGAGCCCCCUUAGCUUUCUCCAAAGGCUUUAACCCGCAGCAUGUGUCAGAGGGUCUAUAUGGAAGACAUUUAUUUGUAUAUAGCUGGCCUGACGGAGAAUUGAAACAGACAUUGGACCUCGGAAACACUGGACUUAUACCUUUGGAGAUAAGAUUCCUUCACGAUCCUGCUAAAGAUACUGGUUUUGUUGGGUGCGCUCUAUCAAGUAACAUGGUUCGGUUUUUUAAGAACCCGGAUGGAUCUUGGAGUCAUGAGGUUGCAGCGUCUGUAAAACCUUUAACCGUGCAAAAUUGGGUUCUUCCUGAUAUGCCUGGAUUGAUAACUGACUUCUUAAUCUCCCUAGAUGACCGAUUUAUGUACUUCUCGAACUGGCUUCAUGGCGAUAUCCGUCAGUAUAACAUCGAGGAUCCCAAGAACCCUGUCUUGACUGGUCAAGUGUGGGUUGGAGGACUUAUUCGGAAAGGAAGUCCUGUUUCGGUAGUGGCUGAUGAUGGUUCAACCUAUCAGAUUGAUGUUCCAGAUAUUCAGGGCAAAAAACUGAGAGGUGGACCACAGAUGAUACAGUUAAGUUUAGAUGGGAAGCGCCUAUAUGUAACAAAUUCGCUCUUUAGUUCAUGGGACAAUCAAUUUUACCCUGAACUUAAGGAUCAAGGAUCUCAUAUGUUGCAAAUAGAUGUUGAAACCGAGAAAGGAGGUCUUGCUAUAAAUCCGAACUUCUUUGUAGAUUUUGGCUUGGAACCCGAUGGUCCUUCCCUUGCCCACGAAAUGAGAUACCCGGGUGGUGAUUGCACUUCAGAUAUAUGGAUUUAAGCAUUGAAGUCGCCCCGGAAAUAAGGUUAUUGUAUUGAAUAAAUUCAGAUUUUGCUUGAGAAAUCUGAUUAUUAGUUGGUUGAUAGUUCUAUUGUAAUGCGUCUUUAUGUACCAAAAAAACACUUAGAAACUUAUAUAUAUUCAAAUAACAUUUAUCUUUGUUACCUCGGCACUUGGUUUAAUAAGCAACACGUAAAUACUCAGUUUUCCUUA